GCCGCCUCGGUCGCCGCCGCCCGCGCCGCCCGCGCCCUCCGCGCACAGCUGAGCCCGCGCCGGCUCCUUCCCAUGCGGGCGGCGCGGGCCCUGGGAGGGGCGCCCGGAGCCAGCCGCGCAGCAUGCACUGGGGGGUUGGCUUUGCCUCGUCCAGGCCGGGCGUGGUGGAUCUGAGCAGGAACCAGAGCGUGUCUUUCUUCGGCUGGUGGGCCGGGUCCGAGGAGCCCUUCUCCUUUUAUGGGGACAUCAUCGCUUUCCCUUUGCAGGAUUACGGUGGGAUCAUGGCAGGGCUGGGCUCCGAUCCCUGGUGGAAGAAAACCCUUUACUUGACCGGGGGCGCUUUGCUGGCCGCAGCUGCGUAUCUGCUCCACGAACUCCUGGUCAUUAGGAAACAGCAAGAGAUUGAUUCCAAAGAUGCUAUUAUUUUGCAUCAGUUUGCAAGACCUAACAAUGGUGUCCCCAGUUUAUCUCCUUUCUGUUUGAAAAUGGAAACUUAUUUAAGGAUGGCUGACUUACCCUAUCAGAACUAUUUUGGUGGAAAACUAUCUGCUCAAGGGAAAAUGCCUUGGAUUGAAUAUAAUCAUGAAAAAGUUUCUGGUACUGAAUUCAUAAUUGACUUUCUGGAAGAGAAACUUGGAGUGAACUUAAACAAGCACCUUGGCCCUCAUGAAAGAGCCGUCUCCAGAGCGGUCACCAAGAUGGUGGAGGAGCACUUUUACUGGACGUUAGCUUAUUGCCAGUGGGUGGACAAUCUCAAUGAGACCCGGAAGAUGCUCUCUCUUAGUGGUGGUGGUCCCUUCAGUAACCUGCUGAGGUGGGUCGUGUGCCACAUAACGAAAGGAAUUGUGAAACGCGAGAUGCACGGCCACGGCAUUGGCCGCUUCUCAGAGGAAGAGAUUUACAUGCUGAUGGAGAAGGACAUGCGGUCUUUAGCGGGGCUUUUGGGUGAUAAGAAGUACAUCAUGGGGCCCAAGCUUUCCACUCUCGACGCCACUGUCUUUGGACACUUGGCACAGGCAAUGUGGACCUUACCAGGGACAAGACCUGAGCGGCUGAUCAAAGGUGAGCUGAUCAACCUCGCCAUGUACUGUGAGAGAAUAAGGAGGAAAUUCUGGCCCGAGUGGCACCAUGACGACGACAACACCAUCUACGAGUCUGAGGAGAGCAGUGAAGGCAGCAAAACCCACACCCCACUGCUGGAUUUUAGCUUUUACUCAAGGACAGAGACCUUUGAAGAUGAGGGAGCGGAGAACAGUUUUUCCAGAACCCCAGACACGGACUUCACCGGACACUCGCUCUUUGAUUCAGAUGUGGACAUGGACGACUACACAGACCACGAACAGUGCAAGUGACACCCAGCCUCGUCGACCCUUUUCCUUCGGAGCUGCCACUCUCUGGGGUCAGUCCGGUUUCCCAGGUAGAAGUCCAUCUGAGCUGGGAGGAGAUCUUCGUGCUUGGCACAGUUUUCACAUGCUAACUGGACUAUAGCCGCCUUAUUUCUUUUUUGUACAAACGAAACACAGAACCAUUAAGAUGGCUCCAUUUAAAACAAACAGGCAAAAAAAAAAAAAAAAUGUCAGCAUGGUUCCUGAAAUCCACUUUUGUUUUCAUUAGAAAACUAAUAGUUUAUGGUAGAGCAGGUGAAAGAGUGCAUCAUCAACUGGUAGUGUUUAUGUUGAUUCUCUUCAACCUGAGGACUUAGUUGCAAGAUGGAUUCUUGAAUAUCCUUCGUCCACCUGGGUGUGAAGUCAUGACAGAUAUCAGAGAAAAUGUAGGAGAUAAGUGUUCUGUGGGGGCUGCUUGUACUUUAUAUGUGUAUAUUGUAUGUUGAGACAUAAAUCAAAUAAAAUCUAUAGAUAUCCAAUGAACACCUACUAUGUGCAAAGCACUGUGCUAGGUGCUAAUCAGUAUAAGUUUUAUUCUAAGACCUGCCAGUGACUAGCUAUGUGAUUUGGGGCAAGUCCCUUAACUAUUGUGUGCCUCAUUUCUCCCACCUGUAAAGUGGGGAUGACAAUAUUCUCCACCUACCUACCUCACAGGGGUGUUGUGGGGAUUCAUGUGGUAACAUUUGUAUGGCGCUUUAAACCUCUCGGAAGUGGUGCAACAUAACCACAUUUUAUUCUUUAUUGUGCUACAUGUGUGUGAAGAUUUGAGAACAAAGGAAUUCCAUAUCUAGGAACAACAACCACAGUCACUUGCAAAAGAUGAGCAGGUGAAACACACACAAAGGCACAGUUAGGACUUUGUCAUCAUUCCCCUUUGUGAUCUUGCUUGAAUCAAAAUCUUUUGUUGAAAGAACCUUGGAAAUAUUUUUACAAAUCGUCAACAGCUGCAAAUGGUCUUUAAUUCUAUUGUGUAUUUGCAGAAAAGUGUUUCUUUCAUUGCCUGAACUCAAACUGGAAUGUUGUUCUUUGUUGACUCCAGAGUGUUAAGUUACCUAUGUUUGAUUUCUUUGGAGACAAUAAAGCUCAGGAAUAUGGUGGGUUUAAUAGAGAUAAGGUGGAAGUAUUUAAUUGAUUUUUGUAAGCAGACGCUUGCCACCUUGUAAUGCCUUUUUGAAAACAAACCUUGCAAAGAUGUAUUGAAAAGAUGGAGUCGGAAGAGGAUCAUGUUACCUGUAUCAGAGCACUCUUUGUGGUGGUAGACUAUGUGCAGUUUUAUUAAUGUGGCUUUUUUGGUAUUUUCAGCCAUUGCCCGUGAGGAGGGCAACACUGAGAUCAGACCUUAAUGUUUCUUAACGAUCUCCUGUCCCUCCCGUCUUCCCUCUCCCUUCUCAUGGGGCACAUGAACCUUUGGGGUUACCCAUACUUGCGAAGGUACUCUGUCUCCAAAGGCAUAGUUUCUGUUGACUUAGAAUGUUUUGCAGGGAAAUAUGGGGCAAAGAUCCUGGGUGAUGGCUGUGGCUUUAGGCUAGGAGGAGAGCCGGUGUUAAGAUUUACAGCUGCAAAAAAGCCUGCUUUGCUUCUGACUGGAUGAGGAUUGCUCAUUGUGGGGUUAAAGAGGCACUUCUUAAAAGACAGCCACUUCUGAGAAAUUCGUGUACUCUACUUGGAAAAAAACUUUCUUUGAAUAUACCUUUUGUGAAACAAUCUUAAAAGGCUGCCGUGGAUUCACAAAGAGGUAAAAGGGGGAGCAUUUUUGAGGCUGUUUACUGCUUAAGCAACUGUAUCAGGCUUGUGUAACUGGGAAUAAAUGCUGAGAUACCCUGUUAGAAGUUCUUAUUGCACAGGCGCUUAGUUAAUAUCUUAUUAAAACCAUUCAUACUUGAGGGGAUUGUUUGAUGCCUAAUGAGAAUGUGGUGGAGAAGGUAUGAAUGGAUAAGCCUGUUGUGAGUCUCCAACGUCAUGAGAAAGGACAGUUUGCCUCCUCUCUUAAGCGAGUGUCUUCUAAGGCCAGCUGGUGGCAGUUCUGUGUGACUAGGGAAACUCCUGGACUGAACAUGUGAAUAUGAUGAACAGGUGGACUAUAGACCUGUCAACACGAAGACUCAGUUGCCCUUUCCCCACCCUCAGCUAAAAAGAAAUGUCUUUGAAAUUUUGCCUACAGACAUUUAUUCUUACUGUAUAGCACCAAGUAUGAUGUAAAUAUUCACUCCAAGAAUUAUUAAGUUUUGAGUAUGUAGAUUUAUGUUUUUUAUUUUGCAUUACUUGGAGGGCAAGUAUGUGGACAGCCAAUUUUCCAAGUAAAGUCGUUAAACAAUUCGUUCCAUCCAAGGACCUUCCACAGGGGCAUGAAUGGACAUUGCCACCUGGAGUCUUAGGUACUUGCAUGACAGCUUAUGACUGGACACUUAAGAUUUUGUAGGUGUAAACUUAGUUUGGAACCCCAGCUUUACUUUACCAGCAUGGGUUAUGGAAACAAAAAAAUGACCAGGACAAAAUCACCAUGGUAAGGAUCUUCAUUGGAAGGGCUUUAAUUUUAUAUACUUUGUUCCUAAGCUACCCAGAUUUUAAGUGUUCUCCAGUUUGAUGAAGAGGUGCUACUUAUAAGAAAAAACAAGAUAUUAAGGGGCGUUUUGUUCAUCUGGCUCACUUGUUCACGUUCUGUGUUUCUUUUUUUACUGGGAAGUAACGUAAGGAAGUGUGAUCAUUAGUGUUAGUUUCUUUUGGUUGGACAGAAGACACAUGGGCCCCGUGUUCUUUUUUUACCUCUCAUUGUAAAAGUAAUUUCUGCUGCUGUAUCUACCUCCCUUGGCCCCUGUAUUCACCCCCACUCAUCAGGAGUAAUUAGCAGCAGCAAUGUGCUUUGCUGUCCAUCAGAAUAGAUAUAGGGACAAUAUAAAUUUAUGCAGAGAUAAACAAUAUUGUCAUAGUUCACCAUUUUGUUGUUGCUACAUAAUUGUGAAAAGUAGCACUAGUAAGGCUACCCAGAAGACUGAUCACAGACCUAGAACAACUUGGACUUGAAUCACUGCUGCAGUCUAGUCCUCAAGUGAGCCCUGCCUGUGUAUACUGAGAUAUUAGAAUAUGUUUUUGUGAAAGCUGGGGUUCAAGGAAAAGAUGUGCUAAGGAUUUUAGCCUCAUGGGUCUUGCCUAGAUUAGUUUGAGAGAAAAUGUUGAAUCAUAGAAAUGUGUAGCUGGGCCAAGGAUUAGCUCUAGAAAGCCCCUUACAAGAGAGCCCCUGCAGUUGUUAUUGGCUCAGUGUCACAUAUGUACUUAUUUGAAGGACCCAAAACAGAGGUCUUUCACCUUGCUCUGAAUGGUUGUUUUCAUUACACCAUCUUGGUUUGGUUUCCUUAUGAAACCCAUGCUCCCUGAGAAGUUAUCCCAUGUUCACAAACCACCACAUCCCCCACCUCUCAGUGUGCUUGGGAGCAUGGGUUUCUCAUCUUGGGACAAGAGUGCUGCUUUACUCUUGUCCCACGUCUAGUCAGCCUGGUCCCAGCCAAUUCAAGAGACCUUUUUUUGGUAUCUGCUCUGUGCAUGGCAUUGCUAAGCUCUGUGAAUAACAGCAAGAUGGAUUUCCAAAUCACCAGAACUCCUCAUUCUUAUUUAUCUUUUAAAGCAUCCAUGCCCAUUUACUCACUGAGUAUUUACUGAGCCCCUGCCUCCUGCCUGGCCACGGAUCCACACUGGGUGUGCAGUGGCGAACAGAAUAGACGUGACACUGAUUCAGGGCAUCCUCUUUUUCCUAGGCUUCUGUGAUAGCCUCUUUCACAUGCUUGGCCACUUCCCUGAUCCAUCCCACCCAUCACCCCUGGAUUAAUUUUCUAAAAAGCUCUCUGGCCCUGAUAGGGUGCCGUAUUGCCUCAGAAGGAGAAUUCCUUAAGGCCUUGUGUUCUCACUUCUUUAUUUACCUUGUCUCCUCCGCUCUUCCACAUGAGCCAUCCAGUGCAGCCAUCUGCUUGUUAUUGCCUAAACAUGCCUGAUGUGCCCCACCUCUGUACCUCUGCUCAUGCCAGUCCUGCUCCUGAAAUGCCCUACCUUCCUCUCCACUGGCCCAAAUCAUACCCAUCUCUCAAAGCCCAACUUCCUCAUUUCUGCCUGAAGACUUCCCAGAUUGUAUAAUCUCCUCUUCCUCUAGAACCAAAGCACUCAUCAUUUCCUUUCCCGAAGGCUGCAUGGGAAAGGUAUGCUCAGAAAGUGGGCCACACGCUAUAAUCAAAUGAAAGUCCUAUACCCUAUUCCUAGAAAAAUACAUAUAUAUGCAAAUAUAUGAAAUUUUAUAUAUAAAUUCAGGUGAUUUAGAGACCUCCUGAAAUUAUCUAUGGAUUCCUUGGGGAGUUCACGGACCCCAGGUGAAGACUCUAGAGAGUCUUCAAAUGUUACUGUUGUUAGUGUUUGUUCUUAUCUUUGACAUCCAGAGAGGAGAAAGCUUGGUAUGGAAUAUGCAAGCAAAAGCAGUCUCUGGUCAUCCAUGUUGAGUAUGUGUUGAGUGACAGAAAAGGAAGAAAGAAAAGCUGUCUUACAUCUUUUGAGAAAAAUAUCUUUGUUUUGACAGGUUUGGAAUUUUGAAAGUGACAGGGUUUUUGUUGUUAUUUAUGUUUUAAUCACCCAAAAGUUGAUUUAUCAAAAUGAGUUCAGGGCCAAGUGAGCCUCAUGUCAGCCCUGAAACCCACCACUUCUGCAUGGGUAGGCCAACCAGCCUGGGGCUUAGGGUAGGAGAAAAGAGGCUGGAUUUUUCCUUGCAAGUAAAAAUUAUGCACAAUCAAGUUUUCCUAUAUUCAUUCACAGAACAAUCGUUGAGCGUAUUUUCAAUAAAAGGACGGUGACUUUUGUUGGUAGGGAACGACUCAGGUUAUUCUUCCCUUCCUUUUUUUUACGGUGAAGUUAUUUUUAUUGUUCCUGACCGUGACUCAGGAUCCUUUGUUCUCCUUUACGUGCAGAACUGAUGAAAGUCCAUUCAAUGACAGAUACUUCUGAUUCUAAAUGCUGAGCCCUGGCAACCCAUCUUUAACAGGUCCAGAGAUCAUCGUGUGUGAUCAUGAAGUGCUUUACCUUUAUUCAGUUGCUUCCAGUGGUUGAUGAAACUUGCAAAGUUCGGAAGGAUCCCCUUGGUGGGUGGAGAGGGAGGCGCCUCUCGCCUGUAGGAUUCUUGCUAGUGUCAGGUGUAGAUUUGAAUUUCUUAUCAGGAACUUAGAUUUCUGACUUUCAAGAAUAUUUUAAAGAUAUUUAAGUUUCCUUAAUCUUUAUGAUAAGAUUGCUGGGACCAGGAACAUAUUGGCCUUGCGCCGUAGAGAUGGUUGUAGGGGUUACAGAAAAACAGCUAACGGGAAGGGACUCUCCUGUUUUGGAGAUGACAGCGUGACCUCAGCUAUUCUGGCUCUUGCCAAAGCAGGGAACUUGGCGCUAGAACUAGGUUCUCCAAAACUGCUGCUGCUGGCUAGACCAUGACAAACCAGCAUGCCCAAAUUUCAUGAGGACUGUUGCCCCAAAUUGUCAAAUUUGUGGAUAAAGUUUGCAAUAAUAAAAUGACUAACUUAUGGACAUAGUCUAGCCAGCACCAAACUCCUGAUCAUUUCAGUGGGGAAACUAGUUAUCUAGAGUAAAAGAUUGUGUUCUGUACACAAUUAAAUACUUUCAGAAUGAG